AUGAAGGGCGCAGGCCCGGGCGAGGCGGCGGCUGGUGGAGGCUGGCCUGGAGGGGGUGGGGCGCCGUAGAGGAGGCGGAGACUGGCGGUGAGCUCCGCUCCAGCUCGGUUGCUAUGUCCCGCCAGGCGAAGGAUGACUUCCUGCGGCACUACACGGUCUCCGACCCCCGGACGCACCCCAAAGGCUACACCGAGUACAAAGUGACCGCGCAGUUCAUCUCAAAGAAGGAUCCGGAGGAUGUCAAAGAGGUGGUGGUCUGGAAGCGGUACAGCGACUUCCGCAAGCUGCAUGGAGACCUGGCCUACACCCACCGCAACCUCUUCCGCCGCCUGGAGGAGUUUCCCUCUUUCCCCCGCGCCCAAGUGUUUGGCCGGUUCGAAGCGGCAGUGAUCGAGGAGCGGCGGAAGGGGGCCGAGGACUUGCUUCGCUUCACUGUGCACAUCCCCGCGCUCAACAACAGCCCCCAACUCAAGGAGUUCUUCUGGGGUGGGGAGGUGACACAGCUCUCCGAAGUGUCCAGGGACCUGCGUAUACUGCCGCCCCCUCUGAUCCCCACGCCGCCCCCCGAGGAGCCCCUGCUGCCCCAGCGGCUCCCCACCGAGAGGAGGGGUCUGGAGGAGUUGGAGGUGCCAGUGAUCUCCCCCUCAGCGGACCCCCCACCAUCCAGCCCUGCCCAGGAGGCCCUGGACCUCCUCUUUAAUUGUGGGAGCACCGAGGAGGCGGCCAGCUUCCCUGCGCGAGGCCCACUCACCGAGGCUGAGCUUGCUCUCUUUGACCCCUUCUCCAAGGAAGAAAGUACAGAGCCCAGCCCCACCCACAUGGGUGAGCUGGCAGCAAUGGAGGCAGAGCCCAAGAGGCUGGAGCCCUGGGAGCCAGGAGGGCAGGAGGAGGAAGAGGAUGAUGGAGGAGGGCCCGCCCCUGCCUAUCUGAGCCAGGCCACGGAGCUCAUCACCCAGGCCCUGAAGGACGAGAAGGCAGGCGCCUACCCCGCAGCGCUGCAGGGCUACCGGGACGGCGUGCACAUCCUGCUUCAGGGAGCACCCAGUGAUCCUUCCCCUGCCCGCCAGGAGGGUGUGAAGAAGAAGGCGGCAGAGUACCUGAAGCGGGCAGAGGAGAUCCUGCAUCUGCACCUGUCCCAAGCCCUGCCCUGAAAGGGUGUGGACCCUCCCCCAGGACUCUAUCUCCAGCACUGCCAGCCACCCCUUUUCUUCUCCCCGGGGAAGGCCCUACCCUCCUGGGCUAUGAUCCCAGGGGACAUUUCUGUAACUGGACCAAAUAUGAGAAAAGUAAUUAAAUCUCAGCUCCCUGACUACACCUGCCACCUUGGAAUCAGGGACAACUCACA